AAACCCUCUUAAAAACCCUACUAUUAAAGCUCAACUCCUUUAUUCUUCUUUAUAUAUACAUAAAGAAAAGUUCCCAUCAAAUCCAAUUCAAAAAACACAAAACCCAUUUCACUCUCUUCUCUUCUUUCUUCACCUUUCUUUGUUCCUCCAUCUCUUCAAAACUCAAUAUCUAUACUUAUACAUCUAUAUGUGCUUGAACUCUUUCAUGGAGCUCCUUCCGGGUCUGCCCAACGACGUCGCUUUGGAAUGUCUAAUUCGAAUUCCUUUCGACCAAUUCUCGGUGGCUUCCUCAGUUUGCAGGGGUUGGAAAGCUCAGAUUGAGCUGCCGGAGUUUCGCCGGCACCGGAAACAGUCCGGAUUGGCCCAGUCAGUCAUUGUGCUGGCACGGGCCCUGGUCGACCCGACCCGAAAAACUCAUCUAACCAAACACUUGGCUCGGCUCGUUUACCGGAUCGUGCUUUGCGACCCGGAAACUGGUUAUUGGUCGGAAUUGCCGCCCGUGCCCGGGUUUCCGGAUGGGUUGCCGAUGUUCUGUCACUUGGUCGGUGUCGGGUUGGAGCUGGUGCUGAUGGGCGGGUGUGACCCGGUGACUUGGGAGGUAUCCAAGUCGGUGUUCAUUUACAAUUUUGUGUCCGGCACGUGGCGGCGCGGGGCCGAUAUGCCAGGUGGGCAUAGGUUAUUCUUUGGAUGUGCAUCGGACUCUGAUCGGACGGUGUACGUUGCGGGUGGUCACGAUGACGAGAAAAAUGCAUUGAAAUCAGCAAUGAUGUAUGAUGUGGCAAAAGAUGAAUGGAUUCAAUUAAAUGACAUGGCAAAAGAGCGAGACGAGUGCAAGGCUGUAUUCCAUCGUGGCAAAUUCCACGUCAUCAGUGGAUACCCCACGAACGCCCAAGGUCGCUUUGAGAGAGAUGCUGAAGCAUUUGAUCUAACUACCCAACAGUGGGACCCUGUACAAGAGGACUUCUUAGAAGAUGCCAUGUGUCCAAGGACUUGUGUGGGCGGCAGUGAUGCAAGGAGGCUUUACAUGUGUCGCAACGGUAAUAUGAUGGUCUGUAAGAAUGCCACCUGGCAAGUCCUAGCUGGACUACCAGCUGAGGUGUGCAAUGCAGCUUAUGUGACGACGUGGCAGGGUAAGUUGCUAGUGAUUGGUUCUGCAAAAAUUGGUGAACCUCAUAGAGCUUAUGUGAUGGAUUUGAAGAAUUGCAAGUGGACAAAAUUAGAAUCACCAGAAGAAUACUCAGGCCAUGUCCAAACAGGUUGUUGUUUGGAGAUUUAAAACCAAAAGCAAAAGUUCUUACUUGUAUUAAUUAACCCUAGUUGGCCUUAAAUUUUGAGCUAGAGAUUUACCUUAAUGUAACUUUUAUUUUUCUUCACAAUUGUAAGGGGGAAAAAAACAGUAAUGUCUAAUUUUCUAUCUUUUAGUGAUGACUAUAUUUACCUUUGAA